AUGAGUGUACCAAGUUAUGAAUCAAGAGCCGAGACUCAUCCAAAUGCAGUUGCCUCUAAAUUAUUGAGACUAAUGGCUGAAAAGAAAACAAAUUUAUGUGCUUCUUUGGAUGUCCAUUCUACAAAGGAAUUGUUGGAAUUAGCUGACAAACUAGGUCCAUAUAUCUGUUUAGUAAAGACACAUGUUGAUAUCUUAGAUGAUUUCACUAUUGAAGGCACUGUUAAGCCACUAAAGGCAUUAGCUGAGAAGCACAAAUUUUUAAUAUUUGAAGACAGAAAAUUUGCUGAUAUUGGUAAUACUGUCAAAUUGCAAUACUCAUCUGGUGUCUAUAAGAUUGUUGAAUGGGCCGACAUUACUAAUGCACACGGUGUUACAGGUGCCGGUAUUGUUGCAGGUCUAAAACAAGCAGCAGAAGAAUCCACAAAGGAGCCAAGAGCUUUGUUGAUGUUAGCAGAAUUAUCAUCCAAGGGUUCAUUAGCUCACGGUGCCUACACUGAAGGUACUGUUGGAAUUGCCAGGACUGACAAAGAAUUUGUCAUUGGUUUUAUCUCCCAGAAAGACAUGGGUGGUAGAGAUGAAGGUUUCGAUUGGUUGAUCAUGACACCGGGUGUCGGUUUAGACGACAAAGGUGACGCACUAGGUCAACAGUAUAGGAGUGUUAACGAUGUAGUCUCCACUGGCUCAGAUAUAAUCAUCGUCGGUAGAGGUUUGUUCGGUAAAGGUAGAGAUCCAACUGUCGAAGGUGAAAGAUACAGAAAAGCAGGCUGGGAAGCUUACCUAAAGAGAAUUGGUAAAAAUUAA